AUGAAUGAGAUGAACGGCACCAUGAACACCAAGUUCGAGGAGGUAAAGGAGCACAUCGAAGGCAUCGCCGUCCGCCUGACCAACCUGCAGAAUCUGAGCUCCGAGCAGGAUAAAGGAGGGCCCAGCCAGAGCCAGCCCGACAAGUUGCGCGAGAGGAUCGCGAUGCUCGGCAGGAUGGCGAAAGAGCUGGACCCAGACGCGGACAAGGGUGAGAUCGAGCGCCUGCGGCAGAAGCAGGCGGCAGCGCAUAAGGAGCUCCAGGGCUCCAAACCGGCGCUCACCCAGCACACCAUCGCAGGUCACAAGUUGGCAGAGCUUGAGGCCAAGCAGGGGGCGCUGGUGCAGAAAUUGGAAGCACAUCGCAAAGCCAUCGAAGAGGCUAAGGAAGUGGAGAAGACCAUGCAAGCCCAGGUGGACGAGCUCAAGGCAAAGGUCGAAGAGGCCCGCAAAGAGUUGGUCAAGACGAUGCCAGUCAGGACGUCUACCUGGAACGUUGGAAAGUUGGACAAGUCUGAGCUUGAGAAGCAGCCCGAGGUCAAGGCCAUGCUCGAGUCAGAAAUUCUCAAG